UUGUCUAAGAAGCAUCUUCAUUUAACCAUCUUCAAUCUGGUCCUCAUGCGGCCGGGGCUCUUGCUGUUUAUCUGUGCUCUGCUCUGUGAACCUGACGAGCUGUUUCUACAUCUUGUGCUGACAGCCAGGCCUUCCAAGCCCAUAGAGGGGAGCUCACUGACCCUGACCUGUGAGACCCGGCUCCUUCUUCAGCCGCCACCUGUCCAACCCCAGUUCAGCUUCUUCAGAGAUGGCCACCACCGGGGAUCAGAACGGAGCAGCUCCCCAAAGCUCCAGAUCCCCAAUGUGUGGAAGGAAGACUCGGGGACCUACUGGUGUACCAUGACGACAGCGGGGAAUAAACCCCCCAAACAGAGCCAGAGUUCUUACAUACAGGUGCAGAGAAUUCCUGUCUCUGACGUGAGCUUGGAGACUCAGCCUCCAGGGGGACAGGUGAUGAAGGGAGACAAACUGGUCCUCAUCUGCUCGGUGGCUAAGGGCACAGGAAACAUCACCUUCGUCUGGUACAAAGGGCAUUUGGGUUUAAACCUGGAAACCAAGACCCAGCAUUCACGGACAGCAAACUUCGAGGUCGCACCAGUGACGGAGAGUGACUCCGACCAGUACUACUGUGCAGCUGACAACGGCCACGGCCCCAGCCUCAGCGGACUGGUGGACAUCGCUGUCAGGAUUCCAGUGUCCCGCCCUGUGCUCACCCUCAGGGCUCCCAGGGCCCAGGCUGAGGUGGGGGACGUGGUGCAGCUUCACUGCGAGGCCCUGGGGGGCUCUCCCCCGAUCCUGUACCAGUUUUAUCAUGAGGACGUCACCCUGGGGAACAGCUCGGCGCCCUCUGGGGGAGGAGCAUCCUUCAACCUCUCCCUGACUGCAGAACAUUCUGGAAACUACUCCUGCGAGGCCGACAAUGGCCAGGGUGCCCAGCGCAGUGCGGCGGUGACUCUCAAUUUCACAGCAGCUCACCCCCAGGUCUCCCCCUCAGUGCCUGCCGAACCCAGAGGCGAACAUCUUACUUCAGGAGUCGUUGAGGGGCUGCUCGGCAGCCUUGGUCUCAUCACUGCAGUCCUGUUACUUUGCUACUGGCUCAAGAGAAAAAUAGAAAGAUGCUCAACCAGCGACCCACACAGGAGCCAUUCCAGUCCUGAACCUCAAGAACCCAACUAUCUCAACUCACCUGACCCAGUGCAGCUACCGCCUGUAUACGAAAAUGUGAAUGUCAUGCGUGGGGAUGAUGUGUACUCCCUGGUCUACCAUGUCCAGCAGGAGCAGGAAUCAGGAGCAGCUGAACACAUGAGGACACAGGUGGAGAGUAAGGUCUCUGCAGACAUCUAUUCUAGGCUGAGGAAGGCAAACAUUGCAGAUGUGGACUAUGACGACACUACGUAAGGUGAUGGAAGACUCUGCUCUUCAAAACCCAUCCAUGCCCGAGCCUCAGACCAAUAGGAUCUUCACAGAUUCUCAGGAGUCAGAUUUCCAAUCUACCUCAUCCACAUGCUUUUUUUCUGUGAGAAAAUCCCUUCAUCGACUGUGAAGUGAAGUUGGCACAAGUCCUGAAGAAACCACCCAGGAGAACCAACAUAGACCAAGGACAGGGAAGGAUUCUGUUACCAGAAACUGACUCCUGUUUAUUUUUAUUUUUUUUGGGGGGGCAGGGGUCGAAUUGUGAAUUUCUGUCUCUCUCUCUUUUUUUUUUUUGCAAGAGGAAACAGGGUGAAAUAAAAGAAGUGAGCUAUUGGAGAGGAGGACAAGUCACUGAAAGUGGACGCCAAGGUGAGCGAUUUCGCAUGACUGCUCUGCAGAGAGAGCUGGUCUGUGGAUCUGUACAAGAGCACACAGUCCCGAGCCUCCAUAGUGCUGUUUGCCUCAACUGUCCUCUUUCCACCUAAAAUAUCGUAUCCAGUGCAUUUUGAAGCACCAUUAUCCAAUUAGAAUUAAAACAUUUACAUAAGAAUUUAUUGCA